AUGGACGAAAGAAUGGCUGUGCCGAGGGUAGACGAGGAAUCAACGAAUCCCUCCAUCGAUUUUGAGCGGGGUCUCCCGCUCGCCGGUCCACCCUUUGAAGCGCAACUGUCGACUACCGCUGGAGAAAAGAACAUUGGAGUAUCGAAGCAAACGGAGGGAGAAACGAGUGCCGAAAACGAUAAGGAACUCUCGACGGAAAUUCUCGAAGGCGCAGCGAACCUACGAGGUUGGCGAGAUCGGUCCACUCCCGGUCUUCUUCCUUCGCCGUCGUCGGCUACCUCGGAUUCCGCCCUCGUGUCCUCACUGCCUCCCUCCCUCGCUUCUGCGUUGGUGUCUGGUCUCUCGGAGCACCUCGCCUCCUUUCCGCUGUUCAAUCCUUCCCUUUUACCCGAGUCGCGCCGAGCGCCCCCCGGCGAGGAGCACAACCUUCUGUGCUUGAUGGGUCCAGGCGGCAACUGUUCCAAGACGCCGACACCUACCGAGUUGCUGGGUCUUUUGAACGAAGGCACAGAGUGGAUCUUGACGCCUACCGCCACCAUCCUACAAAGCAUCGGGCGAACCGUGGACAAGAUGAUCAGUGGCUUCGUUCUGCGCACGGCGCGGGUGUUGCCGAACUACCGCAGGAACGUGAUUAUUUCCUACCGCGACUUCAGGCCGUUCAUGCUGCUCGAGAUGCUUGCGCAGCGCAACCGCUUUCUCCACCACCUCUCUUCCUUGUUUUCCUCGCUGCAGCCCAUCCGGUCCAUUUACCUCCGUAACCUCGGCAUGGAGAUCUUUGAACUGCCCGACGUGCUCGGCAUCGGCGAAUUCAUGAAGGCUGCGCUCGGCCUCAGACAGUACGUCGACCAGGUAUUUGAGGACCAAGAACUCACCGACUUUGACGAAGAAACGCAGUCGGCCAGCGCAGAAGGAAGCGCGGAAACCGCCCCGGUGCCCGUGGCCGACGAAAGAGCCGGGGACGAAACCGGAGGCGGAGUUGACGGCAGAGGCGAGUUGGCGAGCACCCUCGAACCAGAUCUCGAUCGCGAGAAGACGGCAAUCCUGUGCGAGGGAAACCGUCCUAACUCCCCGUCCAGGGGCCCUGGCGCUGGACGGAACGCCUCGGACGCGGGGUGCGCAGAAAACGCGGACGCGAACCCCAGCGACGACGCCCCGCCUCAUCGACGCAGGCUGCAAGUCAUGCCAAACGAUCCCUUCACGUGGAAACAAUGGCCGUUCAGCGACAGCGGACCCUCGCGAUGGGGUACGGAAGCCCCCAGCGCCUGGGAAAUCUGGACAGGGGCGAACAUGCAAAAACGACUGACCGUCGCCGUGAUCGACAGUGGAGUCGACUACCGCCAUCCGGACUUGAAGAACAUGAUAUGGCAUAACGAAGACGAGAUAUGCAACAACGGGAUCGAUGAUGACAGAAACGGACUUGUGGACGACUGCCUCGGCUGGGACUUUAUCCACGGCGACAACGACCCAGACGACGACAACGGGCACGGGACCGCCUCCGCGGGGAUCAUCGCAGCGGAGCCGAACAACCACAUCGGCAUGGCCGGCAUCUGCUGGGGGUGCGAAAUCAUGAUUUUGAAGGCGUUGAACAAAGACAUCAAAGGCACCGUCAGCAGCUUCGCUCGUGCCAUCGAUUACGCCUUGGGCAAGGGCGUCAAAAUCUCCAACAACAGCUACGGCGGCCGAGGCAGUGGUUUCCACGGACUCGAACAAGCCGUCGAACGCGCUCGCGCGGCCGGAAUGGUCUUUGUGGCGGCGGCGGGGAACUACAACGGAAACAACGACAACGACAAGGAUCCAGUGUUUCCGGCCUCCUACCUGCUGGACAACAUCAUUUCUGUCGCAGCCAUUACACGGUCCGGCAGUCUCGCGAAUUUUUCCAGCUACGGAAAGACGCAGGUGGACAUUGCGGCGCCUGGGGCGCAAAUCAUGUCGACGUCCUUGAGCGGAACGUACCGCAGUGUCGAGGGCACGAGUUUCGCGGUCCCCUUUGUCUCCGGCGCAGUCGCGUUGGUUUGGUCGCGGUUCCCCUAUCUCCCGUAUCGAGAAGUGAUCGACCGCAUCCUGAGAAAUGCAAAGUACAAUCCUCAACUCCAGGGCUACAUUGCGACUUCGGGCGUUCUGGACAUCCGGAAGGCGCUGACGAACGGCGCAGCGUCGCUCCCGCCCUUUGACGCCUCCAGCUCCCCCGCCCUGUUGGACCCGAACACCGCGCUGUCGCGCUGUGCCGACUUGCGCUGCCAUCCGCUGGCGACGUGCGUCGUGACUUCGACCUUGCAGAAGUCUUGUCAGUGCCCGCAAGGCUACCACGGAAACGGAUACGAGUGUCGAGACAUCGACGAGUGCGCCUUCAAUCCCUGUGGUCCCGCCUCCGUGUGCAGAAACCUCCCUGGGUCGUUUGAAUGCAAGUGCAGAGAAGGAUUUCGACAAGUCGCUGACACGUGCGUCGACAUCGACGAGUGCCGGGAGUCUUGGGGAGGACGGAGUCCUGGACAGGCGUGUCCACUCCAGGCGGUUUGCCAGAAUUUCAGUGGAUCUUUCGACUGUGUGUGUCCUCACGGCUCCGCGUGGAAUGCACAGUCUGGGUACAACGCCCAGUGUUUGACCCUCAACACUCCUCCGACCGGUCCGUGCGUGAACAACGGCGGCUGCGGAAUGAAUGCACUGUGCCAGGCUUCAGGCGCUGUCCUUUACUACCAGCGAACGUGUGUUUGUCUGAAUGGGUACGAGAAGCUGAACGCGUCGCUCCAAGCAGGAUUCCUCGGAGACGGUCGGGAGGUGUGCAUCCGCGAGGGCAUCAUCGAAUCGGAGAUCAGGCGCUAUAUCGCCAUUAUGCAGUCUUUCGCCACUCGGGAGACCACAAACAAAUCGGUUGAAGCUGUUCCGACAUCUGAGACCCAAAAUACUGGGGACGCGAGCAAAGGCGGGGGUGCCGGAGAUCUCUUGACUGGAGCCUGGCUUUGGCCCAGAAGUUCACCUCCGCCUCCCGCUUCAAAUGGUGUUGCUCCAUGCUUCUUUGGAUUUUGUCUCCUAGGGGGCUUCCCCGAUGCCAACAACGGCCCGUGA